AUGAUAAGGGAACAAAAGACCAGAGCAGAGAAGCUAAACCCAGGGCUUGUAAUGAUCCUCCUCUCUUUCUCAGCCUCCACAAGCAUCGUUCCGCGGAGGAGGAGAAGAUUCGGCGGCGAUGCCUUUACUCUUGAGAUUGGAGUCGAUGUAAUCCACGUGGUGUCGCCGGCAAUUCUCCCCGUUGUUCAGAUUGAUGUUGCUGGUGUCUCUGUGGAAUCGUCGGCGAUGAUGGUUGAUCCUCUGUCAUAG